CUGUCCGCUCUUAGGCUAAGGGUUCAGGCCGAGGAAGCCGAGCGACGAGCUCAGCUGAUGCAACCUACCUGCGCCCUCGUGACAGUUCCCGGCACGCGGCGGCGGCGGCGACCGAGGAAGCGGCGCGGUGCCGGGCUGAGCGCGGGAGAUAGGGGCGACGGAGUCAUGGGGGACGCUCCGAGCCCUGAAGAGAAGCUGCACCUUAUCACCCGGAACCUGCAGGAGGUUCUGGGGGAAGAGAAGCUGAAGGAGAUACUCAAGGAGCGGGAACUUAAAGUUUACUGGGGAACAGCAACCACAGGCAAGCCACAUGUGGCUUACUUCGUGCCUAUGUCUAAGAUUGCGGACUUCCUGAAAGCAGGAUGUGAGGUAACGAUUCUGUUUGCGGACCUUCACGCAUAUCUGGAUAACAUGAAAGCUCCAUGGGAACUUCUAGAACUCCGAACCAGCUACUAUGAGAAUGUGAUCAAGGCAAUGCUGGAGAGCAUUGGUGUACCCUUGGAAAAGCUCAAGUUUGUCAAAGGCACUGAUUACCAGCUUAGCAAAGAGUACACACUAGAUGUGUACAGACUCUCCUCCGUGGUCACACAGCACGAUGCCAAGAAAGCUGGGGCUGAGGUGGUAAAGCAGGUGGAGCACCCUUUGCUGAGUGGUCUGCUGUACCCCGGAUUACAGGUACUGGGAGGGAUGGAGUUGCCCAAGGACCUUUUCUGCUCUGGUUCUAGCUACUGGUCACUCAGCCCCAGUGAAGCCCAGGCCUUGGAUGAAGAGUAUUUGAAAGUAGAUGCCCAGUUUGGAGGUGUUGAUCAGAGAAAGAUUUUUACCUUUGCAGAGAAGUACCUCCCUGCACUUGGCUACUCAAAACGGGUCCAUCUGAUGAAUCCUAUGGUACCAGGAUUAACUGGCAGUAAAAUGAGCUCCUCAGAAGAGGAGUCCAAGAUUGAUCUCCUUGACCGGAAGGAGGACGUGAAGAAAAAACUAAAAAAGGCCUUCUGUGAGCCAGGGAAUGUGGAGAACAAUGGAGUUCUGUCUUUCAUCAAGCAUGUCCUCUUUCCCCUCAAGUCCGAGUUUGUGAUCCUUCGAGAUGAGAAAUGGGGUGGAAACAAAACCUAUACCGCUUACUUGGACCUGGAAAAGGACUUUGCUGAUGAGGUUGUACACCCUGGAGACCUGAAGAAUUCUGUUGAGGUCGCCCUGAACAAGUUGCUGGAUCCUAUCCGGGAAAAGUUUAAUACUCCUGCACUGAAGAAAUUGACCAGCGCUGCCUACCCAGAGCCCUCCAAGCAGAAGCCAUUUGCCAAAGGCCCUGCCAAGAAUUCAGAACCAGAGGAGGUCAUCCCGUCCCGGCUGGAUAUCCGUGUGGGCAAAGUCAUUAGUGUGGACAAGCACCCCGACGCAGACAGCCUGUAUGUGGAGAAGGUUGAUGUGGGGGAGGCCGAGCCGCGGACUGUGGUGAGCGGCCUGGUGCAGUUUGUGCCCAAGGAGGAGCUGCAGGACCGGCUGGUGGUGGUGCUGUGCAAUCUGAAACCCCAGAAGAUGAGAGGCGUCGAGUCCCAAGGCAUGCUUCUGUGCGCUUCUACAGAGGGGGUAGACCGCAAGGUUGAGCCUCUGGACCCUCCUGCAGGCUCUGCUCCCGGUGAGCGAGUGUUCGUGAAGGGCUAUGAGAAGGGCCAACCAGAUGAAGAGCUCAAGCCCAAGAAGAAAGUCUUUGAGAAGUUGCAGGUUGACUUUAAAACCUCUGAGGACUGCAUCGCACAGUGGAAGCAAACCGACUUCAUGACCAAGCUGGGGUGCAUCUCCUGUAAAUCGCUGAAAGGGGGGAACAUCAGCUAGCUAUCCUGGCAUCCUGCUCCCUCCUCCCAUCCCGAGUCAUCUGCUGUCUCAGUUUGCUCCGUCCUUCACCCAUUUACCCAUCUCCCCAUCUCCCAGGACACCAAAGCAGGAAGUUGGGGACUUUAUUAGGGGUGGAACUCAGUAAGCGGCAGCUCAGCCUCCCCAGAAUCCAGAACCAUCCUGUCGGGGCUGCUGGGCUACUACAGAGCCGCUGACUGCCCGCCCCCGCCCCGCCCCGCCCCCGGGUAGUAACGAGGGUGGGGCGGCAGCAGGGAGCCCAGCUCUACCUUCUCCCCCUGGCAGCUGACUGGAGAAAUCUGGUUGCAAUAGGACUCCUAGAAAAGGUUUAUGCCACAGCCCUUCUAAUUGGAAGAAUAUUGGUUCCCAUGUUUUCCUAGAGUUCUCCCAGCAGCUGUGCCUCUGUCUGGGAUCUGGUGCCUGAACUGAGCUAAUUACAGCCUUUCCCCAACAGGAAAUUGUGGGAUUCGAAAAGGAAAGGGAGGGGAAAACAGAGAACCUAGUGGUCUACCAAGUGGUGGGCAGCUUUCCCCAGUGCCUGCCAACCCUGAGGCCCAGGCCCGGGGCUCCUGCCGUUUCUUUCCCUUGAUCCUGCGGGGUUGGGACAUUCCCUAAACCAGCUGUGUGUUAAUAUCAGAAGUAAGGCCGAUGGCAGAGCCUGAAUCUUUCUUCAGAGAGGGUGGGGUACUUCUCCAUAAGGCAUCUUGAUCAGAAUCACUGUCACUGUCAAGAAUUCAAAUAAACUGAACAAGAGUG